AUGUCGAUUCCCCAAAAGACUGUCAUUGUUGGGGCUGGCCCCGUGGGCUCUCUGGCUGCUCUGUACGCCGCUCAACGUGGCCAUGAGGUUGAGGUCUAUGAACUGCGGCCAGAUUUGCGCAAUCCCGGGACAAUUCCCCUAAACUUUACGAAGUCAAUCAAUUUGGCAGUGUCGGAACGAGGAAUAAAUGCCAUGAAACAUACCGGACACUCCAGUCUCCUUGGAACAGUCAUGCAAGGCACCAUCCCUAUGCGAGGUCGCAUGAUUCAUGGAAAAAGUCCGUUGGGGGACUUGUAUGAGCAUGCUCAGGAUUACGAUGCAAAGGGGCGGGCUAUAUACGCAAUUGACAGAUCUGGGCUGAACGAGAGGCUUCUUAACGUCCUCGACUCUAUGCCAAAUGUGAAACUGUUUUUCAAUCACAAACUAACCGGAGCUGAUUUUCGUUCGCGCCGAGCCUGGUUUGAAGCCCGCGAUGUGGUUUUAUCGCCCAGCAGUCGCCCUAGGGAAAUUGAAAUUACUUUUGAUCUGAUGAUUGGUGCCGAUGGAGCUCACUCCGCAGUUCGGUAUCACAUGAUGAAGUUCACGAGAAUGGAUUAUCAGCAGGAAUAUAUUGAUACUCUUUGGUGCGAGUUUCGCAUUGAGGCAAAGGACGAUACAAAAUGCGAGGCGCAGGAGCCAAGAUUUCGAAUUUCACCAAACCAUUUGCAUAUUUGGCCCGGAAGGGACUUCAUGUUCAUUGCCAUCCCAAGCGAGGAUGGGUCAUUUACAAGCACGCUUUUCCUUCCCAGCAAGCAAUUUGCCGAGUUGGAAAGCAAUCCGGCUAAACUGCCAUAUUUUUUCGAUCAAAACUUUCCAGGAGUGACGGACCUCAUUUCUAGAGAUAGUCUCAUUUCUUCGUUCCUAUCAAACCCUCAUCUGCCUCUGAUCAGUCUUAAAUGUCGCCCCUAUCACUACGACUCUUCGGGAGUCAUCAUCGGAGACGCAGCCCACGCCAUGGUCCCGUUCUACGGCCAGGGAAUGAAUGCUGGAAUGGAAGAUGUUCGUAUCCUUUUCUCUAUAUUUGACAAGCACACGGAGAUGCUCGAAGACAACAAUCCUACUUCAGAGAGCCAUAACGUUUUACCCUCUGCGUCUGCAAGAGCCGAGGCUUUGGCUGAGUACUCAGAAGUUCGUGCACCAGACGCCUAUGCUAUUAACGAGUUAGCCUUGCAAAACUACGUGGAAAUGCGGUCUUCGGUUCUGUCCAUGCGCUAUAGGCUACGAAAAUUCUUGGAAGAGUUUAUGAGCGUCAACUUUCCGAAUUUCGGUUGGCAAACUAAGUAUUCGAGAGUUAGCUUCAGCAACCAAGGGUAUAGCGACAUUGUUAGACAGAGCGAUCACCAGGGGCGAAUACUGAUGCGAGCCUUCGCGGCGUGCAUCACAGGCCCUGUGGCCAUUGCAUUUAUAAUUCUUGGAUUUCGACACAAAAGGACCGUUCUAUCGAAGGCCCUGGCUCUUUUUGGUUUGGUUUAG